AAGAGAUCAACUCUUAUGUGUUUGAAUAGUUUUUAAGAAAAUUUCCAUCUUGUUUCAUCCUUCUAACUUACCUUGCUCACCUUUACGGUAGUUUAGGUAGCUCCUGGGAGUUUGGUAUGUGCUAAAAAACUACAUUUUUUUGGAAAUGUUUGAAUAUCUUAUACAUCUUUAUAGUGUUGGCAUAUGCAGAACAACUGGUGCAGGCUCUAUUUUACGUUAAUAUAAUGCAUUUCGCUGACAGUUAUAGCACCAGUGUUUCUCCUCUUUGUUGGACCUAUAUGUAGUCAAAUUUAGUAUGAUUCUGCCACCAGCUAGCUAUCAGAAUGGAUUCUACUUAAAAUCUUAGGAAUGGCUUCUUGUCAUGGAUCUUCAAAACAUGAUAAGUUUUCUAUCAAAUAUUUAUGGAUUCCUCUGGAUGUGCAAUGUUAUGAACCAAAUACAAUUGUUUCCCAGAAAUAUGCCCUCAGAACUCAUGCAAAGGGCAGUACACUAUCUGAAACCAAAUCUCCCAUCCAAGGAGCAAGUACAGCAAAGUUUGUAUCUGCAGUUGCUAGGAUCUGGGAUUAUGCUGGAGAUCCAGCAGUUUUCCACAUUGAUGAAAGCUUGAAAUAUCAUGACCAUUUGCAGAAAGAGUGUAACACCAUAUGCUAUUCUGGCAGGCAAAGAAAACAAAAACCAACAUCCACCAGAAAUGGAAGUGCUUGCAAUGGACUAGAGCCUAAAAGCUCUUUGACAUCUGCAGUAAAAUCAUACUUUGAGGAAGUAAAAUGCAUUAAGAAACAGUUAUUGCUUGCCGCUUGCAACAGAUAUGUAGCCAAUUCUUUCAUCUGGAAACGUGUCUGGUUAAUUGGUUCCCAUUCACAUAUAGGAAACGAUAAGGUCACAUGGAGUACAACUCGUACUGUUCAAGCCAGCCAAUGUGAAAGCAUUGAUAAAACUAGUUUGGAAGACCUGAAGGAUGACAGAUCUAUUGGAACAGACAAGCAAAGUCCAUUUGAAAUAUCUGCUACUCAGGCCAAAGGGAAUUCUGCUGCUGCUGAACUCUAUGAUGCUUCUUGUGAUAAAUCAACGAACUUAGUAGGAAACGAUCUGCAAAUUUCAGGUUCAUUUUAUUCAACAUAUUCACUCCGACCAAUGAUGAUCUGGAAAGGAAUAGUUGUUGGAUUUUGUAGAAAUCACAGAUCUAGUCUUCAUUUCGGCAACAACUUUGAUUUCUUAACUUUGACUGGUUACACUUAUGGACGCCAUCAGAAAGCUAUUGAGGUCAUGUCCUCUUCAGUUUCUGAGGUUUCACGGGAACUUUCUGCCUUCAAGGAUUGUGAUAUUCAUGAGUGUGGUAAAAGCUUAGCUCAGGAGCCCAUUCUUGAACAUAAACGUUUACCAAUAUUCACGAUACAUGAUAAACUCGAAAAAGAACUAACCAAGAAUAGACAUGCAAUAGCAGGAGCAUUGGCUGGAACAAUUGUUAGCCUUUGUCUGCAUCCUAUUGAUACAAUUAAGACUAUAAUUCAGGCUGAUGGCAUAGGUCAAAAGUCAGUUUAUUGCACUCUCAGAACGCUCAUAUCACAAAAAGGCAUAGCAGGGCUCUACUGUGGGAUAACUACCAAUAUUGCUUCCUCAGCGCUUAUUUCUGCCAUCUAUACCUUCACAUAUGAAUCAGUUAAGGGGGCCGUACUACCAGUUCUGCCAAAGGAGUACCAUUCUGUUGCUCACUGCUUUGCAGGUGGUUGCUCAAGCAUAGCUACUUCUCUCAUCUUUACUCCCAGUGAACGUAUAAAGCAACAGAUGCAAGUGGGUUCACAGUAUCAGGACUGCUGGAAUGCCUUCAUUGGAUGCUUUGAAAAGGGUGGAUUGCCUUCACUAUAUACUGGGUGGAAGGCAGUUCUUUGUAGGAACAUUCCACACUCCAUUAUCAAGUUUUACACCUAUGAAAAUUUGAAGCUUCUCUGUUUGGUGUCGGCAAAGCCUAAUUCAGGUCUUAGCACAUUGCAAACGCUAUUGUGUGGGGGUAUUGCUGGAUCAACUGCUGCUCUUUUCACAACACCCUUUGACGUGGUAAAGACAAAGUUGCAGACACAAGCUCCUGGGACUAUUGGGAAAUACCGUGGGGUUCUUCAUGCAUUGCAAGAAAUAGCUAGGCAUGAAGGUUUUCAAGGGCUUUACAGGGGUGUGACUCCAAGGUUAGCUAUGUAUAUCUCUCAAGGAGCCCUUUUUUUUGCAUCAUAUGAGUUUCUUAAAGUAGUCUUUGCUUUGCAAGUUCCACAAUCACAUGUUCAGGUCAUUCAUAACCAACAAAAUGCUGACUACUCAAAGUUGAGAAGUGAACAGACUGAAGUCUUAAACCAGAAUUCUUUGGCUAAUUAGAAACUAACUAAUGGUGGACUUGUCUUGUGGGCAACUAGUCAGAGGGAACCCUGAUCGAUCACUAAUGGGCAUGACAGUGGUGCUUCUUUAGAACACAAAGCCACCGAGCCGUAUUUUUGAAAUCUGGUUGUCUUAAUCGCACGUGCAUUGGAAUUCGAUAAAAGUGGCAUUGAACGUGUUCUUGGACCUUGCUUCCUUGAUUUUAGUUUCUGAAGAUCUUAGAAAUCCUUUUUUACUCCUUUCACUACUCUUUUCACCAAAUGCCAGUUUGCCAUGCCCCCGGCAAAGAUGAGUUAUUUUCUUUCCUUUCCUCCCACGACUAAUAUCUUCUUGUUGCCAACUUCAGUGGUGUGUUAUGGAAUUCAAUCUGUCCAUGGCAUGGGAUGCAACUACAACUUUAGCAGCAUUGUUUACUGUUGUUGGUCAUCAUUCAUCAUUCACAAGUUUGUUCUGGUAGCAUUUUGAUAUUUUUCAUGCAUGAUUCUGUUUUAUGCCCAUAUAGGUUUAUCUUCACAUCAGUCUCUGAAUAUGCAAUCCUCAGAACGGAGGAUUUGACACCCAUUAAUGCAAAUUUACAUCUCUGCUGACCAUAUAUGCUGCAGUUGUGUGAUUUAAACCAGUAGCUACUCUUCUCUAUUUACUGGAAAUGCAUCAUUGAGGUUCUUAAA